UUCAACACAGCGCAGCGUAGAAAACAUCAACAAAGCGGCGGUCUCGUGAAAAAUGUUGUUUUACUCAUUCUUCAAGUCACUCGUUGGGAAGGACGUGGUGGUGGAGCUGAAAAACGAUUUAUGCAUCUGCGGGACUCUGCACUCCGUGGACCAGUACCUCAACAUCAAGCUCACCGACAUUAGCGUGACGGACCCAGACAAAUAUCCGCACAUGCUCUCCGUGAAAAACUGCUUCAUCCGAGGCUCAGUUGUGCGAUACGUUCAACUGCCCAGCGACGAAGUAGACACACAACUACUUCAGGACGCCGCCCGGAAGGAAGCGGUGGUCAGCACGAGGUAGAGAGAAAGCCCAUGUCUUUUUAUACAUAUAUAAUUCAUCUUCUAGAAUAUAUAUUACAAUUUCAAUUGCUUUUCUCAACAUACUCCAAAUGAUUUAUUUGAUUCCGUACAUAAAAUUAAAUCUGGAUGCGACAAAACUCCCUCUCUAGAUGCACUAUAAUGACUAGGUAUCAUCACAAUUAUUUCAAUUAAAUACACUUAUCCUUCGCCUGGGGGGAAAUCAAUGGGGGCUGCAGCGACAGGGAGUUCGGGGACUCUUGGGCGCCGGGA